AUGUUCCAGCCCUGUGACCACACCUCCUUCCUGCUGCAGGCUCUGGAUGAUGGGAUCUUUGUGUUUUUUGCCGGGGAAAUGGUGGUGAAGAUGGUGGCUCUCGGGGUCAUAGGUCAGAGCGGUUACCUAGGAGACACAUGGAACCGAUUGGACUUCUUCAUUGUUAUAGUGGGAAUGCUGGAGUACUCACUUGAUGGACACAACGUCAGCCUAUCAGCUAUCAGGACCGUCCGGGUUCUCCGCCCACUGCGAGCCAUCAACAGAGUUCCCAGUAUGCGUAUCCUGGUGACCCUCCUCCUAGAUACGCUUCCCAUGCUGGGCAACGUGCUGGCACUGUGCUUCUUUGUCUUCUUCAUCUUCGGUAUCGUUGGUGUGCAGCUGUGGGCAGGGCUACUGAGGAAUCGUUGUUUCAUGGGAGAGGAUGUCAAGAUGAAAUAUAACAUUUCCUUCCUGAGUGGCUACUAUCGGCCAGAUGGGACUGAUGACCACCCUUUCAUCUGCUCAACGGAAAGAGAUAACGGGAUGCUUCGUUGCUCUGAUGUGCCUCGCCGCCGUGUGGCCGGGACUUCCUGCUUCCUUGGUGCUGAGGAGGCCCGUCCAGAGAUGGGACCUAGUAUAGAUGAACCAGUGUCAUGUGUAAACUGGUACCAGUUUUACAAUGAGUGUCGAGCCGGGGAAAUAAACCCACACAAAGGAGCUAUUAACUUUGAUAACAUUGGAUAUGCAUGGAUCGCCAUUUUUCAGGUAAUUACCCUAGAAGGUUGGGUAGACAUCAUGUACUACGUUAUGGAUGCACAUUCUUUCUACAACUUCAUCUACUUCAUCUUCCUCAUUAUAGUGGGCUCCUUCUUCAUGAUCAACCUGUGCCUGGUUGUCAUAGCAACCCAGUUUUCUGAAACAAAGCAGAGAGAACACGCCUUAAUGAAAUCGGAGCAGCGCGCCCGGCAGCUCCACCAAUCAGCUUCCACACUGGCCAGCGACAGCCAACCGGGAAGCUGCUACGAGGAGAUCAUCCGCUACGUGGCGCACCUGGGUCGCAAGGCGUGGCGACGACUGUCUCGCUUCUUCACUCAGACACACACAUACUUUCACUGCGUGUGCGUGUGCCAGAAAGACAGAUGCGGUAGAGCUGCCAGAGGGGGCGGAGCUGGGGAAAUGAAUGGACUUGCUCACCGGCACUCAGGCCACGCGCCCAACGACCUGUCACACCUUCAUCAGCUUUAUCAUCACCAUCACCAGCAUCAUCACCAGCAUCAUCACCAGCAUCAUCACCCUCAGUCUGAGCCUACUGUCAGUAAUGGAGGAAAUGGCUUUAAUUACCCCUUCAUAUCGCCCCUCUUCAGUCACUUGGAUGCAAAGGGCCAGGACCAAAAGAGGCUGGUUGCCGCGGAGACGGUCAACAGACUACCGCAGCUAGUGGUGGAUCAUGGUGGAUGCGCUGGGCAUCCUGCGUUACCGUUGCCAGGUGAAGUCCCAGGAGAGUCCUCAGUAUGCCCGUACUGCAUCUACUACAACCAACUUAGUGACAACGAAAAUCUUAAUGAGCAGACUGAAGACCAGCAUCAUGGGUACAACUCAUGCCAUGGCAACAGCCCGUGUCACAGUAACAGCCCAUGCCAUUGUAGCAGCCCAUGCGGCGGUGAUGCACAGGUGUCUGAGCCAAGGAAAAGGCUGUGGGAGCAUUGCUGGGCGGGACUCCGAACUAAACUGGAUCUCAUUGUUGGCAGCAGAUACUUCAACAGAGGAAUCAUGAUUGCCAUCCUUAUUAACACACUGUCGAUGGGCAUAGAGUACCAUGAACAGAUCCUCACCCAGGAGGACUGGAACGCGGUGCUCUAUAACGGGAUGGCCUCUACCACGCCGUUGGCUGCCCUCUAUUUUGUAGCCCUAAUGACCUUUGGCAACUACGUUCUCUUCAACUUGCUUGUAGCCAUUUUGGUUGAGGGCUUUCAAGCUGAAGGUGAUGCCAACAGAUCUGAGACAGAUGACGAGAGACAAUCACUGUCUUACGAGGACGAGGAGAAGUUGAGAGAGCUGUAUGCUGCAGAGCUUAAGAUCCAGGCCAUGAUGCUGAGCCCCAAUGGUCUCCUGAACCCAAAAGCCUCCAUGCCCCACCCUCCUCCUCCUCCUCUGCCGGUGAUCACACACACUGCAGCCACGCCCACCAUAAACUCCAGCCAGUCACGCCGGGCGAGUGCCGCUUCCACUGACAUCAACAGCCUUGAGCAGAGGUCACCGCUGUCUUCACAGUCUCUCUGGGACAGUGGGCCAGAGAGCCGUCGCUCCAGCUGGACCAGCAUGGGCCGAGCCCCCAGCCUCCACAGGAAGAGCCAGUCGGGGGAAAUGGAGUCCCUGCUGUCCGACACACACACAAGCUCCAACCUCAGCAGCAGGGAGCAAUCUCUGGACCAGCCGGAGUACCUGCAGGUGCCCAUGUUCCACCCGCCCGACUGCAAUGGCACCACCUUUCACCUACCUGAACACUGCUACGACGAUGCUCCCCUCACCACAUAUUACCACAGUGAUCAGGAAGAGGACGAGAUUGAGGAGAGUUUAUGUAAGAAGCUGAAGAAGAUUCUGGAGCCAUAUGAGCCUCAGUGGUGCCUGGAGCAUGAAGAGUGGUCUCUUUAUCUGUUCGCUCCACACAACCGGUUCAGGUUGUGGUGUCAGAGGGUCAUAGGUCACAAGAUGUUUGAUCAUGUCAUCCUCCUCUUCAUCUUCCUUAAUUGUAUCACCAUUGCCCUGGAGAGACCUGACAUAGAGCCCAACAGCAUGGAGCGGGUGUUCCUCAGUGUGUCCAAUUACAUCUUCACUGUGAUCUUCGUGGGUGAAAUGAUGAUCAAGGUGGUGGCUAUGGGUCUGUACUUUGGAAAUGGCGUCUACCUGCAGAGCAGCUGGAAUAUCUUAGACGGACUGCUGGUGUUUGUGUCGAUGGUGGAUAUCCUGGUCUCCAUUGCAUCAGCAGGUGGUAAUCGGAUCUUAGGUAUCCUCCGUGUGCUUCGUCUGCUCCGCACACUGCGACCUCUAAGGGUGAUAAGUCGAGCUCCUGGUCUAAAACUAGUGGUGGAGACUCUGAUCACAUCUCUCAGACCCAUUGGGAAUAUUGUCCUCAUCUGCUGCGCUUUUUUCAUCGUGUUUGGAAUUCUGGGAGUCCAGAAUGGGAACCAGCUGGACCUCGCCAUCGUGUUGUUGUCCAUCAUGGGAAUUGCACUGGAGGAAAUAGACCUGAAUGCCUCCCUCCCUAUCAACCCCACCAUCAUACGCAUCAUGAGAGUCCUAAGGAUAACAAGAGUGCUGAAGCUGCUGAAGAUGGCUACGGGUAUGAGAGCUCUGUUGGACACAGUGAUGCAAGCUCUGCCUCAGGUGGGGAAUCUGGGUCUGCUCUUCAUGUUGCUGUUCUUCAUCUAUGCAGCUCUGGGAGUUGAGCUCUUUGGAAAACUGGAGUGUUCAGAUGAAAACCCAUGUGAGGGUCUUAGUCGCCACGCUACCUUUGACAACUUUGGCAUGGCUUUCCUCACCCUCUUCAGGGUGUCUACUGGGGACAACUGGAAUGGGAUUAUGAAGGACACGCUGCGAGAGUGUCGCCCGCAGGAUCGCCACUGCCUCACCUACCUGCCCCUGAUCUCUCCCGUUUACUUUGUCACCUUCGUCCUAACUGCUCAGUUUGUGCUGGUCAACGUGGUCGUAGCCGUUCUGAUGAAGCACCUUGAGGACAGCAACAAGGAGGCUCAGCUGGAGGAGAUGGAGGAGAGGGAGGAGAAGAGGGAGAGGGAAGAGAUGAAAGAGCGGGAAGAGAUGAGGGAGAGGGAGGAGGCCAACAGACGACUCAGCACUGCGUCUGUGGGCGGAGACCUGGGGCCAAGUGUGGACACACCUGCACAGGUGCAGGUUGAGGAUGAGGAGUGUUCCCAUGGAAACCUGCUGAGCAUGGGACGCAUGCUGUCUCUCCCCAGCGACAGCUACGUUCAGCCACUCAGAUGCUCCCCUUAUCCUCCCAUUGGCCAUGAGGCCUACUCUGGCUACAGCUUCUCAGGCUCCAUGUCAUCUCUGGCCUCCAGUGGAGGCGGCUCACUGCUGCAGGUCCCAGGAGCUCUGCCAGUCAUCAGCCAUGCUUCACUGGGGCAAGGACGCAGCUUGAGGCCAAAGAUCUGCCUGAGCACCACUCAGAGCAUCGACAGACACUCCCCACACAGACUCAGUCCAGCCGACAGUAUAGAAGGAUACAGGUCUAGUCCAGCUCACAGAAUAAACAGACACAGACUCAACUCAGCUCAUAGUAUCGAUGGAUAUAGGUUCAGCCCGGCCCAUCGGAUAAACAGACACAGACUCAGCUCUACUCACAGUAUGGAUGGAUACAGGCUCAAUCCAGACCACAACACAGACAGACCUAAACUCAUGUCCAGCCACAGUAUAGACAGACAUUCCUCACUCAGACUGAGUCCAUCCUGCAGUGCCAGCAGACGUCCUUCUCAGUGGCUCAGUCCUGAAGACAGUUUAGACAGAAACAUGCUAAGUCCCUCCUACGUUCCGGAUAGUUCAGUCCUAAAGAGGCCACCAUCCUUCCGUACAGCAAGCAGACAGUUACGGAGACAGGAGGCUGUGCGCUGUGACUCUCUGGAUCAGAGCGGUUCUACUGACGACCUGGCAGAGCCUCACCUCACUGUGCCCGCCAUCUCUUCCACACCUCCACGCCAGCGAUCGUCCAGUGUACACACACUGAAAUAUACACACCCCCAGAGGGUCAUCUCAUGCAGGAGCCACAGCCGGAGCCACAGUGAAACCACUGGGCAAGAACAUGUACCUGAGCCGGCCAUCUGUGGCUCGCAGCCUGAAACAGAUGUCGAGAAGAGGUCUGUCAGCCCACAGAGCCUGUCCAGUCUGAAGUUCCCCAGCGGUGAAUCCACCCUAUCAGCUCCGCUCUGCAGCUCCAGAGCGGCCAGCCCCGGCCCUGGCUCCGAUCCCGGCCCCCAAUUGGAUGACACAGACGAGGAAGUCAGCCGCAUUAACAGUUCUGUUCACACACACUCACAACUUCCUCCCAGCCCCUCACACAAAAGCAGACACCUCUCCCCGAGCCCCGGGGAGCACAGGAGCCGCCUCAGCCAAUCAAUGUCUCCGGUGUCGGGUAGGAACAGGAAGCAGAGGGUUAGCCCGCCGCCAGGAGAGGAGCCGGUUACUACGGCAACCCAGCUAAUGGACAGCAGUGUGGAGCUGAGAAGGCGGACUCUAUCAUUUGAUGCCACAACCCUCUCUCCUAAUGAACCAGAGGGAAGUUCUGUGGACGACUAAACAAACUCAGUGACGCUGGAUUGGUUUUUCUCUGACGUGGAGGAGCCUGAUGUGCUGCGGAAGCACACGGGAGGGGUGGGAGCCGCAAUCCAAAACAGGGAGGAUACCUGGUUUCCUGUUUUGGGCCCCGCCCCUCACCUCACCUCGUCCCGUCCAAUCACAAAAUUUUCACAGGGUGUUUGAGCAGAACUCUUUCACACUGUGUGUGUAUGAGUGUGUAUGUGUUCAAAGACCCUUAGUGCAAUUUGCACAGAAGAUGCACACAAGAAGACGUUUCCUUUUCUUCUAUCAUAGUCCUAGCUUUAGUUCAGACAUAGUGGUCACUCCCCUGCUAUAUUUACUCGAACUCUAACCUUCCCCUUGCUUGCUCUCCUCCCUCUGCCCUCACUCUCAUCUUUUCCUUGCACCUCAAGCCUUGGUCAGAGUACAAGACAAAAUUACCCAAAAGGUGCAGUACGGAUUAAGCUAGUGACUAAUCUGCUCGUGUACACAUGCACAUAUUGACAAAAAGAUAACUAGGGACUGCAACUAAUGGUUAUUUUAAUCUGCAGAUUAUUGAUAAAUCAAUUAAACCUUAAACUGUCUAUAAAUCAUUAAGAAUAGAAAAAUGUUCAUCAGAGUGUCCAAAGUCCUUAGACAAGGAAAAGCCACAAAUCUUAAUGUUUGAGUGGCUUGAACCAUCACAUAUUUGUCAAAAAAGCUGCAGUUAUUAUAUCAAUUUCUGUUGACCGACUAACCAACCAGUUUUUUCAGCUUGACACACUGCAUCUCAUUCAGUCUAAUGAUAAUCUUAAACUGUUUAAGUAAAAUUCCCUAAUUUCUAGCUCUGUGGUGCAGAAAUUAUAGUUUAUGUUUACAGGAAAAAUACAUUUUUAAGUGAUAAACUUACAAACGUUAAAGCUGACAACAAAUUUUAUAUGUAAAUGCUUAGUUUCUAAUUGCACGCUUAUAUAGAUUGCUGCAGGCACAUUUUAAUAGAGACGUAUUCCUCCAACAAAACAAAUUGUACAGCAGCUUAUUACAAGUGGAGCAAAAUGAGAAUCUUAUGUCUAACCGAGUGGGAGGUUUUGUUUUUUAAUAUGACUAAUCUUCCUAUUUUUCGUACCUCUUAAUCUGCAGUAAACUGCCACUGGACGUUGCCUGAUCAUUCUCAGAUUGCAGUCUUUCCUAGCCAAACAAAACAUAGACAUCUUUGUGAUGUUUGAGAAACUUCCCACGCCUGAAUCCUCCCAACCCUGACAGUCAGAAAAAUCAAUUUGCGCUUAGAGCCUCUGAGUUAAAAUCGUGUAGUGUGACCUAGGCUUUAGUAGUUUUCUACCUCGCUUUUUCCUGAUCCCACCCAUUCGAAUGUUCAGUCAGCUUAGUUUCACACCCCUUCCACUUUCCUUUUCUCUGUCUUAGUAUUCUCAGGGUAGAGGUAGUUCAGACGCAGGUGAGUAUGAAGCAUGUGAUCACAGGUCUGCAGAGUUAGAUUGCCCCCUGCUGUCUGAAGCUGGAGCUGGCCCGUCUCCCCUGAUGUUUGAAGACAUUAUACUGUACGGGUGCGUGUUGUAAUGUAGACAGAAGCAGAUGUACAGAAGGGCUUAUUCAGGUGAUAUAAUAGUGUGAAAAAACUUUGUAGGCUAAGAUUAUAUUUUAUUAACACAGCAGGGAUGAUAUGAGAACUACAAAGGUGAAUUUCUACAUUUUUGAAUGUCAAUUUAUCUGCUGGUGCCAGUGAUGAUGAGGGUGGAUGAUGGACGAUGUCAGCGUUAUAGGAUGUUGAUUAUAAUGAUGAUGAUAAGGAUGACUCUGGAUGAUGCAAAUGUUCAUAAUAUUGUAUAAUGUUCCUGCAGAAUGAAAGCAGGGAUUGACAUUCAGUAAGCUCACCUGCAGAUACAUUAUUGGACA